AUGCGCCUGGUCACACUAACAUUUGCCGAGCGCUGCUGCACGCUCGCCGCAGUAGUCUCGAGACAGCGCACGCUCGCCGCAGAAGUCUCGAGACAGCGCAUUAGCAUGUCGACUCCUCCCUCGUCCUUCAUCGAAGAAGUGAACACCCAGUACGAGGGUUUGCACCGGGCGUUCGAGGAGCAGGCUCGCCAAUACGAGAGCCCGCCAAUACGAGAGCCCGACAGCAUUGCUGCGCUCGCCCUUGCCCUGAGCCUCUGCGCUUUCGCACUUUCUCUGAGUCUCUGUGUCAAGCUCAUGAUCACCUCGCCACCCGCAGUUUUGGGGCACAAAGAUGGCACUCAAAGACGGCUCGUAUACAGUCGACGCUUUGACGAAGGCGCCAAGGGCGAGAUGGAGGCCUUCCUCGCCUCCAAGGAGAAGCUGGCGCAGACGCGGGGGUACCUCGCCCGCUCCGACCUCUCCGAGGCGGAGAGGGCCACCCUCGCCAUCUUUGAGCGCACCUUCGGCUGCUACAUCAUGGAGUCCGAGGCUGCGCUCGCCCUGCGCGAAAAGUGCACCGCGAUCGAGGGCACGCUCGAGGACGCGCGCAACAAGAUGCGGCUCGGCGCGGUGCUCGACGGCGCCUCGGUCGGAGUCACGCCUGGCGCCUUCGUCGAGCUGUCGUCGGUCGGCCUGCGCUCGAAGAUGCGCGUCGACGGGAGCGAGGCGACGCGCAAGGCCUGCUGGGAGGGGCUGCGCUCGAUUGGCGAGUUCGUGACGGCGAACGGCUUCGUCGAGCUCGUCCGCGCCCGCAACGCGAUGGCGCGCGAGCUCGGCUACGAGGACUUUUACGACUACAAGGUGACGCAGGCGGAGGGGUUCGGCAAGGGCGCGCCUGCCUCGAGGUGCCCAGAGGUCCGCCAGCAGCGGUCCGGCACCCGCCCGCUGAUGGAGGAGGCGCGCGCCAACCUCGCCGCCGCCAAGGGCGAGGCGGCGCUGCUGGCGUACAACUCUGCGUAUAUGAUGGCUGGCUCGGUCACGCAGAAGCUCGACCCGUACUUCCCCUUCGAGCGUGCCGUCGAGCAGUGGGGCCGCUCCUUCGCCGCGCUGGGCAUCUCGUACGAGGGGGCGAGCAUGCGGCUCGACUUGCUCGACCGCAAGGGAGACUGCUCCUCCUUGCAGGCUGCUGCCACGGCACGGCACUGCAAGUACAGCAACGGGUUCUGCCACUGGCCCCAGCCAGCUUGGGUCAAGGCCGACGGCUCCUUCCAGCCGACCGUGACGCACUUCACCUCGCUCGCCGAUCCGAGCGCCGUCGGGUCGGGGCACACCGCUCUCACGACCCUCAUGCACGAGGCGGGACACGCGGCGCACUUUGCCAACAUCAAGAUGCCGUCGCCGCUCUUCUCGCAGGAGCGCGCCCCAACCUCAGUCGCAUACGCCGAGCUGCAGUCAAUGUUCCUCGACUCGCUCGUGGGCGACGCGGCGUGGCGCUUCCAGUACGCGCGCGACCGCGAGGGGUCGCCCCUCCCCUUUGCGCUGCACGAGGAGGACGUGCGCGCCAAGCACCCUUACGAGGUCUUCUCGCUCCGCGCGAUGCUGGCGGUGCCCUACUUCGAGAAGGCGCUAUACGAGCUCCCCGACGGAGAGCUGAGCGCCGCCGCCAUCCAGGCGAGAUCGCACGGAGAUUGCCCGGAGAUCACCCGAGAUUCCCCGCCGCCAUCCAGGCGAUCGCCGGCGAGGUACGUGCUCGCAGAGAUGGCCGUGCACCAGACGCGCGCCUUCUUCGCCGCGCGCGACGGAGUCAUCGUCGACAACCCUCGGGUGGGCCCCACGCUGCGGGACGCGUACUGGCGGCCCGGCAACUCUGAGCCAUUUCUGGGCCUCGCGGCGAAUGGCGCCGCCGCAAAGGCGGCCGUCGACCUCGACAUGCGCGUCACGCUCGUGGACGGCGACGAGGUCAUCGCCGACACGACCGAGGAGGGCGACUUCCUCGCCGCCUGCAAGAAGUUCGAGGGACACAUCCGCCAGCGCUUCCCGCGCGCCGCCGCCGCCUAA